AUGAUUUCAACAAUCGGCACAACAACAAUUCAAGCCGCGAACGGCGGGACUCUGUCCACAACAACUUCACCAAACUCGUUAGUCAUGAAUCCAACAUCUAUGUUAGUAGAGAUGGAAAGCUUCAUUCCUUCUUCAUUUACUUUCGAAACAGAAAUCCAGAAGAUAAAGCAAGAACUUUUAACAAAUAAUUUAGACUGUAGUGCGAAAGAUGAAACAAAUGAACAGUAUCUUUAUGAAAUGCAGGACAUUAUUGACCAUUUACCCAAAUUGCCUGAAAUUCAGCAUCAAAAACUAACUAUUCCUGAAUUCGACGAAAUUGAAGUCAAAGCAACUGACUCAGUAGAAAUAAAGAAGUUCAUACGUAAAGUAAAUUAUGAAUUCCUUGGUUUUCAUUGCAACCAUAAGGUUAUGGACAAAGAUUGCGACAUGGUAUAUAAGAAUGUUUCUGACAUAUAUAAAUCUGAAGAAUUUAAG